AUGCCCCCCAGUCACUGCGCUGUGGAUGCACAUAGGCAGGAAGCGGACCGCCUAGGGGCUCCUAAGCCCAAGGAUGGCAAUGACAUGAAGAUGACCUCAGAGAAGGAUCUGCAGGCCGCCUUCCAAAUGCUGGACAUCGACAAGGAUGGGAAGCUGACCACCCCACAGGCAAUCGACUUCCUCAUUUGCGCUGGCUGGUGCCUGCCAGAGGACGAGCUGCAAGAGGCCUUGGGCCAAGCCAAAAGGCCGUGGACACUCGAAGAGCUUGUGGAUGUGCUGAGGCAGCUGAAGGGCUCCAAGAAGGAGAAUCUUACUGCUGCAAAGCUGUCCCAGGCGCUGCUUAGCCUCUCCGACCACGAGAGUUUGGGUCUUCAUCAUUUGACUGAGGUGGUGUGCACCAGCCGCACGGCUGCGAUGACCCCCGAUGAGCUGGAAGACUUGCUUGAGGGCUUGGGUGUCUUUGACGAGAAUAUGGAUUGCCCUGCGCUUGCAAAGCGGAUCAUGGACUCAGUCUGUGAUCCACCUUCUGAACGAGCUCGGCUGCCCACAAGCAUCCAAAAGAACACGGAGCGCUGCCUUCACCACAGGGUAUCUCAUGCAAGAGGAGACCUGGACUCUAGAGACUGCCUUAGCACGGGUGAAGUCGGUGCGAAGCUUGGUGGAUAUGAACAUUGGAUUUCUGAAGCAGCUCUGCGACUGGGAGCGACAGCUAUCCCUGCCCAGCCCUUCAGUUCCUUUGGAUCAACAAGCCUGCGACGAUCUUUUGGAGAUGGAUUUGAUCACACCUGA